CGCCGCUGGGGUGGCAGCGCAGCUAGUCCUCCUUGCUCCAGAAGGUAGCUGGCUUUUCUCCGGUUGCAGAUGAAAGUGCUAGGCGCUGCCAGUCCUGGUACCCGUCGCCUGAGGAGAAGUUUUCUCUUCUGGACAACCAACUCUUACCCCUCCUAAGAAUCUCCACCGCAGACCUACCCUCAGCAAACAAAAGUGACCCAGUAUCCUGGCGGCCAAUGACGGGCUGAGCAGGAAUGAGAAUACGGGUGCCUCCCCCCGGGGUGGGGGUGCGGUCGGGCCUCUAACGGGAAGUUAUCUCAUGGUGGCGGUUCCUGAGGUGGAAGAGAGGCUUGCAGCAACCCCCUGUCUUAUCCACUGAGGGGAAUCAAGGACUUGGACUCUGGUACCUCCGAUCUUAACUACCGUCCUUAAGAGAGAGUUGAGGCACAAAGAAAGUGUAGCUUCUGAGCUGAAUGGUGGCAAUGCUGCAGAGUAAAGAAGAAUGUGGGAAGGAGCCAAAGAAAACCUGUACCCCAUCUGCACAAAAAUUGUAUAGCAUGAUGUGCUAUAGCCCUAACUCAUCCAAAGAGGAAUCCUUGGGGGUCAGUUCCCCAAAGGCCAGGUUAAAGAAGAAGGAAGAGAAAACAACCACAGAAAAUGGUUCAAGCAGUGGCCAGGAGAAUAAAGGAAAGCCUCAAGACAAGCAAGCAGAGAAAGAAAAGGAAAAAUCAAGUCUCACCAAUGCAGAAUUUGAGGAGAUCGUCCAGAUUGUGCUACGGAAGUCCCUCCAGGAGUGCUUGGGAAAAAAAAAUAUUAUUUUCAGAGAGAGGGUAAUGGUACCUCAUAUCCUAGAGAUUUCAGCCACUCAGGAAGCUGGAGUAACCUCUGUGAUAAAGACAUCUAAGCCAGGCCAGCCAGAUCCUGCACCCUCUGAGAAGAAAUCCAAUAGACCCUUCCUAAGCAAAGGAAAGAAGGGAGCCCAAGAUGAGAAAAUGGAGAAAACCCAAAGUGGACAUGAGCACAGACAGAAAGACCAACUGAAAAAAACAGUUCAGGUUGAUUCUCAAAUCAGAAACCAGCAAAGAGGAAAAGGAGGUGGUUUUGGCCAAUGUCUUGUUUGGGUCCAGUGCUCCUCCCCAAACUGUGAGAAGUGGAGGCGGCUUUGUGGAAACAUUGACCCUUCAGUGCUUCCAGAUGAUUGGUCUUGUGAUCAGAAUACAGACUUGAAGUAUAAUCACUGUGACGUCCCAGAGGAGUCCUGGACAGGGCGUGAGAGUGAUGUGGCCUAUGCUUCCUACAUUCCAGGAUCCAUCAUCUGGGCCAAGCAAUAUGGUUACCCCUGGUGGCCAGGCAUGGUAGAAUCUGAUCCUGACCUGGGGGAAUAUUUUCUUUUUGCUUCUCAUCUUGAUUCCCUGCCGUCUAAAUACCAUGUGACAUUUUUUGGAGAAACAGUCUCUCGUGCUUGGAUCCCAGUCAACAUGCUAAAGAACUUCCAGGAACUGUCCCUGGAGCUAGCUGGAGUGAAAAAGUGCAGGAACAAGGACUGCAACCAGAAACUGGGGGCAGCUCUGAUGAUGGCUCAAGAGGCAGAACAGAUCAGUAUUCAGGAACGGGUUAACUUGUUUGGUUUCCGGAGCCGAUACAAUGGAUCUGACAGUAGUGGGGAAGGAAAAGACUUAAUGCUUUCUAGGGCUAACAGCCCAGACUCCUGCUUAGAGAAAGAAGAGGAAGAGUCAGAGUUGGAGGAGGAGGGGUUGGAGGAGGAAGAAGAAGAGAAAAAAGACCCGACUUUGCCCAGUCCCAAGCCAGCCAGAAUUCAGACAAAAAAACCCAAGGCAAGAGGCCUAGCAGAUGGACAAGAUGGGACCCUGCAAAGGAAGACACUGAAGAGAUCUCUGGGAAAUGAAUCUGCAGCUCCUCCUGUACUCAUAAUGGGAAGGAGAGAAGGAGGACAUGGGAAAUCAGAGCCUGACCAACCAGGUCCUAAGAAAAAAUUUAGAGCUCCCCAAAGCAAAGACUCAGUAAUCAGCUUGUCUGAGGACAAAGAAGCUAGGAUGGCACCAAAGGGCCUGAUCCCACCAGCUCAUCUCGGGGUUUGUCCUGUGAUGGGGGCAGAAGGCUGGAAGUGUCUUCAGGAAGCUGGAAGUGUCCCUCCUGACGAUGAAGCCUUCAGUGACCUGGAUCUGGAGCAAAUCCUGGAAGAUGUUGGAAAAGAGCCAGAGCAGCUGGAGGAGCCACAGUGUGGAGACGACCCCAGGGAGUUCACUUUGGCCUUCUUCGAGGAAUAGCUUAGCUGUGUGCUCCUGCCUCCCUGCUGCUCUCUCACCCCCUUCCCUGUGAGCAGCAGAGAAAGCCCCUCGGAGGGUCCCUGAGAAGCUGCUACAUGUGGGGUUUGUUGAUCGGCCACAGUCACAGCUGUGUGGGUUUAUGUGUUAAUAAACAGG